AUGCGUAUUCCCGUAGACCCGAGCACCAGCCGGCGCUUCACACCUCCUUCCACGGCCUUCCCCUGCGGCAAGAUGGGCGAGAACAGCGGGGCGCUGGGCGCGCAGGCGGCCGCGGCCGGGCCCGGCGGGCGCGCCCGGCCCGAGGUACGCACCGUGGUGGACGUGCUGGCUGACCACGCGGGCGAGCUGGUCCGCACCGACAGCCCCAACUUCCUGUGCUCCGUGCUUCCCUCGCACUGGCGCUGCAACAAGACGCUGCCCGUGGCCUUCAAGGUGGUGGCUCUGGGGGAUGUCCCAGAUGGCACUGUGGUGACGGUGAUGGCCGGCAAUGAUGAGAAUUACUCAGCCGAACUGCGUAAUGCCUCAGCCGUUAUGAAGAACCAGGUGGCCCGAUUUAACGACCUUCGAUUCGUUGGCCGGAGUGGCCGAGGGAAGAGCUUCACGCUGACCAUCACAGUGUUUACCAACCCCACACAAGUGGCUACCUAUCAUCGGGCAAUCAAGGUGACUGUGGAUGGGCCUCGAGAGCCGAGAAGGCACAGGCAGAAAAUGGAAGACCAGCCAAAGGCCUUCUCUGAUCGAUUCGGUGACCCAGACCGGCUGCGGAUGCGAGUGAUGCCAACAACUCCCAGUCCCCGGGGCUCCCUGGCCAGCUCCACUCACUUCAGCACUCAGCCUCUCUCUCCUUUCACAGGCACAUCCGACUUAAGUCCCUUCUCGGAUCCCCGCCAGUUUGACCGCUCUUUCUCCAGCCUGCCGGGCCUCCCAGAGCCAAGGUUCUCUGACCCCAGGAUGCAUUACCCCGGGGCCAUGUCAGCAGCUUUCUCCUACACAGCCAACCCGUCCCCCACUGGCCUCGGCGGCAUUAGCAUGAGCAGCAUGCCCACAGCCACCCGCUUCCACCACACCUACCUGCCCCCUCCCUACCCGGGCUCCACCCAGAACCAGAGUGGGCCCUUCCAGACCAACCCAUCCCCUUACCACUUGUACUACGGCACCUCCUCUGGCUCCUACCAGUUCUCCAUGGUGGCCGGCGGGGAGCGCUCCCCCACCCGCAUGCUCUCCUCCUGCACCAGCGCUGCAGCGGGGAACAACCUCAUGAACCCCAGCCUGGCCAGCCAGAGCGACGGCGUCGAAGCUGAUGGCAGCCACAGCAACUCCCCGACCGCCAUGAGCACCCCUGGGAGAAUGGACGAGUCUGUGUGGAGGCCUUACUGAUGGGCGCCACGGAGGACGGGGCCCAAGGCAGCUUCCCCAGAGUCAUCCGGUCCCAGAGCUGACUCCGAGGCUCCCCAGGGAGCGUCCCUGGCAGGGCUUGGACAGCCACACCAGAAGGGGCCCCUCCUUGCCAAAGGGAAGACCCCGGGAAGGAAGGAGGCCCCGCUGUCAACAUGUCAGACCAAGGGGUUGGGGCAAGAGUGGGCAUGAGUUUCAGCUGCUGAUUGCUGUGUACAUAGGACCCGUGUUCUAAGAAACUACCAAAGCACCGUGGGAUGGGAAGCCCUGGAAAACCUGAGGUGCUCUGUAACCUCAGGCCAAGUCCAUCCCCCUCUGUGCUUGUUUCCUCCUCUGUAAGAUGAGGGAGCUGGACUAAAUGACUUCCAGCUCCGUAUCUUGUGUUCUAAGGUCCCUUCCUGACACCAAUAUUCUGUUUGGCUCCAAGGCCUCAUAGAGCAGCUCCAACAUUCUGUAUUCUGAGGUCCGUUCCGGCAUUCUGCGUAUGUUCUGUGAUCCAUUUCAGCCUGAGACCUCAAAGAGAAGGCAAACUUUCCCCUUCCUUCCCAAAACAAACUCAGGCUUUGUUAUUCCCUGUUCCUUUUGCAAGGUCUGAAUUCUAUAUACCAAAGAAUGACUCCUUAAGACAGAGAGUGACACACCCAAGAGAACACCGUCAGACACCAGGAAAGCCGUCCACCUGCUUAGCUUUGUGCUCCUGUUCCAUGUCUCCUCACGCUUUGAGGGCCAGAUGAUGUCCCCCAACACCCUCCCACACCUUCCUGAUCCCUGCCGGACCCUGUCCCUCUUUCACAACCUGGGAUGGGACUUAGAGGUGACAGAAUAAGACCAGCACAGGACUGUGACUUUAGGGAGAUCCAGGUUUUAGUGAUACUGAGCCCAGGACUUCCUCCCUUAAGACAGAGUCAAAACAGGUGAUUGGUGGGAAGGGCUCCCUGUAGGGCUACACACAGGUCCUUUGGCUGGACACCCCCUUUUUCAAAAGCACCACCUGCAGACCCUGCUCUGGCUCUCAGUGGGCUCUGGGCUACCACCGCUGCCAGAUCAGCCAUUCCUCCUCUGAGCAUCUCACAACGUCAAGGAGAGUGCCUUCCUGGAGGCCCUGGUGUGAAGGAGCAACUAGGAGCCUCUGGGAAGAGAGUCCCAAGGCGCAGAACCAAGGAGGGUGCCCUCAACAAGCCACACUCACUCCCCUUUCUUGCCACUUCUGAGGUCUCCAUUGUAGGGAGAGGGAGCUGGGUGAAGUUUUCCCUAGAGUGGAGCCAAGAGGGGUGUGGAGCAAAAGGAUAGUUAGCAAUCUUAAACCCUAGCAUCAAGUGGGCGAGAGCUCAGGGAGGCAGCAGAGAUCCCGGACUGGAGGCCAGGAGGCUCCCCUUGGCUGGGCACGCAGAACAUGGGAUUAGCAUGAGGUUAGACAUUCCCCCUCCCCUCUCCUGCCUUCACUUUCUUCCUUGGAAUAAUGGAUGGCCGUCAUCCCAUUAUGUUCAUGAUACCUAAGCAUCUCCACCAACUCUCAGAUUCUGUGUUCUGAUGGAGCCCCCAGAACUUACAUUCUGUUCUAAGCACCCUGGAUGGUAAGGACCCUGCAACAUUCUGGGAUCUAAGGGUCUUUUCCCAGUCUGUCACUCUGUCUGAGAAGUUCCCAGCUAGCUCUGACAUUCUUCUAAGCCCCCUUGUAGUUCUGGCAUUCUGGGUUCUAAGGUCCUUCCCUGUUCUAACAUCUGUUCUCGAGCCUCUCCCAGCUCUGACAUCCUGUGUUCUAAGCCCCCUCCCAGUUCUGGCAUCUUAUUCUAAGGCACUUCCCAGCUCUGACAUCUAGUGUUCUAAAGGCCCUCCCAGCCCUGACAUUCCGCCCCCCCCCCAAGUUUCCUAUGACCCAGGUCUCUGUUUCCUACCUACAGUGCUGUGAGCACCAGGUUCUUUUGUUAUAGAAAAGGACUUGUUGGGGAAGAAGCUUCAUGUAUAGAACCUGUUCUUUGCCUCAGGUUUGCUGUAAGCAGAUGAGAAAGCACUUAUUACUUUGAAUUCUUUCCUGGGAUGUGGAAAUCAUUCCUAAUAGGAGAAAAAAGGCCCUUUGUUGUAUUGGGGUUUGCUGCAAUGGGAUUGCCCAUGCCCCCUGCCACCAAGCACUUGGCCUUCUGUUUUUAGGAUGGUUUCCUAUAGAUCCAGGGAGCCCUUAUGCAGAGGUCACGUAAAUUCUCCCGUUUAUCUUCCUACUCUAUUCACUGGGGAAGGCACAGUCACCACCUUCUCCAUGAUCCUAUUUUCUUCAAUCAUCUAAAUCUACAGCUCUACACCCCCUCUGUCCCAAGGACCACCCCAUCCCCCAAGCUGAUAACCUUCCUGCCAGAGCCCUCGGGCACUGCUGACCCGCUGUAAGGGGUCCAGGGACACCAGAUGCUUCCCACUAGGCUGUGCCUCCUUCCUAGUCACAUGGUGCCCACCCACCUCCAUUUGCCAUCAGCCAAGGCAGGGUCUCAGGAGCAGACCCUGAUCCCCACACCCAGAUACUGACCCUAUUCCCCCCCCCCUGCCCCCGUGUCUUUUGAAAACUUCCACCUCCAGCCCCCAUCCCUUGUUGGGCGGCUAAAAUAGGCUUUGCACUGUCAUUUGCUUGAGUGCCCGGAGUAUUUUUAAUGCUUGUACGGUAAACCUGGGUCUGCCUUCUGUACUAUUUAAUGGUAAAG